AUGAACCAUUGGAUAUAUCUAACAGAAGAAAUAAAUAAUGAUGAUGAACAAGAAGUACCUGGCAAUGAUGAAGAUAACAUUGAUGAACCACCAAAACGACAUUUUCGAUGUCGUUUAUUAAAAACCGACUUUUCCUUUUCGAAUGUCUGUAAACAUGCUGAUUAUAUACAUGACUAUAGAGCUGAUCUUGAUAAUAAUUUAUGGUUUUGUUUAACAAUGGUAUUUCCUGCUACUCAACCUCGUAUUGAUCUUGAAAGAUUAAUUCGUAGUGAAGCAUCUCGAACAUCGAUAACAUCAAUUGUUGGUAUUCAAAAUUGUUUUAUAAGAGAAAAUAAAGAAUAUCGUUCAAAAAUAAAAACUGAUUCUAAUGAUAUUGAAUAUAUUCUUUCAACUGAAGGUGAAAAUAUAAAUGCAUUAAUGACAUAUUAUCAAAUAUUUGAUUUAUGUCGAAUAUAUACAAAUAAUAUUCAUCGUAUGGUAGAAAUAUUUGGUAUUGAAGCAGCUAAUCGUACAUUAAUACGUGAAAUAAAUCGAAUAUUUCUUGAUUAUAUGACAUAUGAAGGUGUUUAUAAGUCAUGUAAUCGCUUUGGUUUAAAAACAAAUGGAAGUUCUUUACAAAAAAGAACAUUUAAAACAUCAACAACAUCUUUAAAAGAAGUAUUAUUAUAUGAUGAACAUGAACAAUUAAAAUCUCCAUAA